UGUCAUUUCUAUCUGGUUUUACGUCUUUGGGAGCUCCGCUCCUCUUUGCUUAAUAGUAUAUCUCUCUCACUCCACUUCAUCCCUACGACCCUAACAAAAACAAUGGAGAGCUUUGCUGUCCACUCUCUCUCCACCUCCUCCUCCUUCUCCCUCUCUAACCGCGCUUCCUUACUCCGCCGCUCCAAACCAACUCUCAGAUCCCCCCCUUCCAUCCCCCUAUCAUCUCACCCCCUCCGAUCACCCCUCCUCUUGGCCUUAAACCCCAUCUCAUCCUCCUCACACAAAAAACCCCAUUUCGUAAUUCGCUCCUCUCAAUCUCCUCCACCCCAGACCACCCUCCCCCCACCACCACCUCCUCCUCCUCCUCAGGGCGCCAAACUCGUCCCCUUGCUCCUCUCCGUCGCCAUCGGCCUCGCCGUCCGCUUCCUCGUCCCCAAACCCGUCGAAGUCACCUCCCAAGCCUGGCAAUUACUCGCCAUCUUCCUAUCCACCAUCGCCGGCCUCGUCCUCAGCCCACUCCCCGUCGGCGCCUGGGCUUUCCUCGGCCUCACUGCCUCCGUCGUCUCCGGAACACUGACCUUCCCCGCCGCCUUCAGUGCUUUCACUAGUGAGGUCAUAUGGUUGAUUGUCAUUUCCUUCUUCUUCGCUCGUGGCUUCGUCAAGACGGGUCUGGGUGAUCGCGUCGCCACCUACUUUGUCAAGUGGAUGGGGAAGAGCACUCUUGGGUUGUCUUAUGGAUUGACCAUUAGCGAGGCCCUUAUUGCUCCCGCAAUGCCGAGUACUACUGCCAGGGCCGGCGGUGUUUUCUUGCCUAUCAUCCAGUCCUUGUCACUCUCUGCUGGGAGUCUGCCCGGCGACGCCUCGAAAUCGAAGCUUGGUUCUUAUCUCGUUAUGUCUCAGUUUCAGUCCGCUGGUAACUCUAGUGCUCUUUUCUUAACGGCUGCAGCUCAAAAUCUGCUCUGCCUUAAAUUAGCGGAGGAGCUUGGUGUGAUAAUUUCAAGCCCUUGGGUUUCUUGGUUCAAGGCUGCGAGCUUACCGGCACUUGUUUCGCUACUUGCUACUCCGCUAAUUUUGUACAAGCUUUUUCCUCCAGAGACCAAGGACACACCUGAUGCCCCUGCCAUGGCUACAAAGAAACUGGAGAAAAUGGGCCCUGUCACGAAAAAUGAAUUCAUUAUGGUCGGUACAAUGCUUCUUGCAGUCACUCUAUGGGUCUGUGGAGAGGCUCUUGGUAUACCAAGUGUUGUAGCAGCAAUGAUUGGCUUAUCUAUACUCCUUUUAUUAGGGGUCCUCGAUUGGGAUGACUGCUUAAGUGAAAAAUCAGCAUGGGAUACUUUGGCUUGGUUUGCUGUACUAGUGGGUAUGGCUGGCCAGUUGACAAACCUUGGUAUUGUUUCCUGGAUGUCUAGUUGUGUAGGAAAGAUCCUGCACUCUUACUCCUUGAGCUGGCCAGCUGCGUUUGGUGUUCUUCAGGCUGCUUACUUCUGCAUCCACUACCUCUUUGCAAGUCAAACUGGUCAUGUGGGAGCUUUAUACUCUGCGUUUCUUGCCAUGAAUUUGGCAGCUGGGGUACCUGGUAUUUUGGCAGCAUUGGCUUUAGCAUACAACACAAACCUUUUUGGGGCUUUAACACAUUAUAGCAGUGGUCAGGCUGCCGUGUACUUUGGAGCUGGUUAUAUUGAUCUUCCUGAUGUGUUUAAAGUCGGCUUUAUCAUGGCUCUUAUUAAUGCUGCCAUCUGGACAUUAGUAGGGUCGUUCUGGUGGAAAUUUUUGGGCCUCUACUGAUUCUCAGUAUCUUUGUAAGUAUGUUAUGCUCGUUUCUGCUCUUACUUUCUGGGGAUCAUUAAUUGAUUGCAACAGACUUUCCAGAUUUUAUUUUGAAUUAUUAUUAGCUUUAGUUCCAUAUUACAGUUGCAUAAGUGUAAUGACACAUACUGAGGUGAAUGAUUAUUUUGGGGGAAAAACCUAUAAAUGGUAAAAUCACACACCAGGCAUGAAUUGAUAUCUC